GCCGCGCAGCGUGGGAGGUGGACGGCGGCCCUCGUGCGCGGCCGGGGACAUGGCGAAGAGCCUGAGGAGCAAGUGGAAGAGGAAGAUGCGGGCGGCCAAGAGGCAGAAGAACGCGCCCAAGGAGCUGGAGAGGCUGAAGAAAGUGCUGGGAGCCAACGCGGACGUCAUCAUGGAGGAGGUGAAGGAGGUGGCGACUGUGCUGAGCCCCACGCAGGCCCUGGAGCCGCGGGAUGACUCCAAAAUGGACAUUGAUAAUAAACGGAACAAGAAAACUCUUCUGGACCAGCACGGACAGUACCCAGUGUGGAUGAAUUCCAGGCAGAGAAAGAAGCUGAAGGCAGAGCGUGUUAAAGGGAAAAAGAAGAAAUCAAAAUUGGCCAAAGGCUUGGCCUGGUAGAAUCAGAGUUCUGUAAGAUCAUCAAUAUUUUACUUGCAAAAUAAAUAUCCCAAAUAAGUCCAUGACAGUUCUGUGCUUUAGCACUGACUAUGGUUUCACAGCUCCCCAGAGAGGCUGUGGAAUCUCCUUCUCUGGUGACUUUCCAGCCCUGUCUGGAUGUGUUCCUGUGUGACCUGUGCUGCAUUCUAUGCUCCUGCUCUGGCAGGGGGGUUGGACUCAAAAGAUUUCCAGAGGUCCCUUCCAGCCCCUAACAUCCUGUGACCCUUGAGAUCAUCAAGUCCAACCACUAACCCUGCUAUAAAAGUUCACCCCUAAACCAUAUUCCCAAGCACCACAUCUAAACAACCUUUAAGCACAUCCAGGCUUGGGGACUCCAGAACCUCCCUGGGCAGCACAUUCCAAUGCCUGAUCACUUUUCCUGGAAACUUUUUUCCUUAUGUCUAGUCUAAACCUGUUGCAUGACCUUUUGAAGAGACCAGUGGUGAAGGCAGGAUCAGCUUGGUAUCUACAGAA